AGAAAAAAGAAAAAAAAAAUGACAUAGCCCUAACGUUGUGGCGCGAGAGUGGCUUUGCUUAAUCUCAAAACCUCUCAACCAAAACCUAUGUCUCUCUUUUUACUUCAAAGUGAAAGUUCGGUCGGAGAAGAAGCUCGGAAGUGAAGAUGCUCGUCAAUUGAUAUUGUUGAGGCAAUGAGCCAGCUUCAGAGGAGCUUGUUCUUGGCAACUACUUCCAGUAACGCCAUAUCUUCAUCUCUACUUUCAACAACUCCGUCUUGUCCAUCCUCGCGGUUUGGUCCUUUCAUGGCUAAGUUGCAGAGCAGGACUCUUCAAAAUUAUACUAGCAAAUGCAUACCUGUUUUACCUUUUACUACUUGUAAUUACGCUAGAGGUUCUCAGGUUACUUUUAGAAAAGGCGGAGCAACAUUUUCUAUCAAGACUGAACGUGCAAAGGCUGGGCAAUAUCUUUCAUGUGAUGGGCCAAAUUGUGCUUUUACUCUAUAUUCCCGCUUAACAUUGGGAUUUCCUCAUUCUGUUGCAUUUUCAAAUGCUUCUAACCAACGGCUGUUAGAUGGCAGUUUUUCAUCCAAACUUCUUAAUUAUAGAGCUUUUGGGAAAAAGUUAUUUUCUCAUUCAACGGAAGCACGGAAUGAGAGCGACAAUAAAAAUGUUCCAUAUGUUACUAAUGGAAUAAGCUCAUUACCAUUUAAAGGAUUGAAUAAAAAAUGGAAGGGUGCAAAGCCAGUUGCUACAUCCAGGACAAAGAGAACUAGUGCUUCAGGCACCUCAGGCUCCACUAGUGUUGAUGAAACAAAUUCGAGUGAACAGUUGGUUGGGGUUAUGAAAGAGGCAGAUGUAGUUUCAUCUAAUUCUUCUUCAUCCAUUGGCAAAUCAUCUAAGGGUUUGAAAGAAAAGAAGUCUCGAAGCAAUAAGAAGAAGGAAGCCAUCUCUUCAACCAAUGCUGCAGAUGUUGGAGUCGUAAGCAAGGAUGGUCCAUCGAAGAGCUUAGAUAGUAGCACCAAUGACCAGAAUCUUGUACAAGAUCCAAAGAAAAAGUCAUCUGGGGAUACUUCCAAAGGUUCUCCUUCAACAAAACAACAAUCCACUAAGAAAAGCGGUAACUCUACCAGAAAAGGAGAAGCUCAAAAAGAUACUAAUAAGUUGCCACAUAAGCAAAACUUUGUGGUGGAUGGAAAGGGAAAACCUCAGGGACAAAUGACUCUGAAGCAGCUAUAUCCCCCAAUGGGAAAGUCUGUUAUGGUGGUGGAAUCUGUUACAAAGGCAAAGGUUAUUCAGAAUUAUCUUGGAGAUAUGUUCGAGGUGAUACCUAGCCAUGGCCAUGUUAGAGACUUGGCGGCAAGGUCAGGAUCUGUAAGACCCGAUGAUGACUUCAGUAUGGUGUGGGAGGUUCCAUCUGCUGCCUGGACUCAUCUCAAGAGCAUAAAAGUUUCCUUAAAUGGAGCAGAGAACCUUAUUCUUGCAUCUGAUCCUGAUCGUGAAGGCGAGGCUAUUUCUUGGCAUAUAAUUGAGAUGUUGCAGCAGCAGGAUGCUCUACACGAAGGUAUUAGCAUAGCAAGGGUUGUUUUUCAUGAAAUAACUGAGGCUUCUAUCAAGAUUGCUCUGCAAUCUCCUAGAGGAAUUGAUGUAAACUUGGUUCAGGCUUACCUUGCACGGCGUGCCUUAGAUUAUUUGAUUGGAUUUAAUAUUUCACCAUUAUUAUGGAGGAAAUUACCAGGUUGCCAAUCAGCUGGGCGAGUUCAAUCUGCUGCGCUGGCCCUAAUAUGUGACAGAGAAAUGGAAAUUGAUGAAUUCCAGCCACAAGAGUAUUGGACUGUCGACAUUGAUUUGAACCAAAAAGAUCCCCGUUCUUCAGUGGAAGAAUUUCCAAUCCCUGCACAUUUGACCCAUUUUGACUCUAAGAAGUUAAAUCAGUUUUCAAUUAGCUCCAACACAGAGGCAACGAAUAUAGAAACAGCCCUGAAAUCAGUAACUUUUCAAGUACUCAGCACUAAAAAGAAUAAAGUGCGUAGAAACCCUCCUAUGCCAUAUAUAACAUCAACGCUUCAGCAAGAUGCAGCUAAUAAAUAUAAUUUUCCUGCAACUUAUACAAUGAAGCUUGCACAGAAACUUUAUGAGGGAAUUCAGUUGGCUGAUGGCAAGGCAGCUGGCUUAAUAACUUAUCCAAGAACAGAUGGGCUACAUAUAUCUGAUGAAGCUGUUAAGGACAUUCGCUCCUUGAUUAUACAGAGAUAUGGGCAGAAUUUUGUAUCAGAAAGUGCACGCAAAUAUUUUAAGAAGGUCAAGAAUGCUCAAGAGGCUCAUGAAGCAAUCAGACCCACUGAUGUGCAACAAUUACCAUCAAUGCUAGUAGGGACACUUGAUGAAGAUUCACACAAACUAUACUCUCUUAUUUGGCUCCGAACUAUGGCAUGCCAAAUGGAACCUUCAAUCACUGAACAGAUUCAAAUCGACAGUGGACUUGCAAAUGAGUCCAUCAUUUUCCGAUCUACAUGCUCAAGAGUUCAAUUUCGUGGAUUCCAAGAAGUUUUUGAGGACCCAGAAGCUGAUGCUGUCAGACAAAAAGACCAUGAAGAGAAUGGGCGUGAGGAACUGUUUAGAAUUCUUAAUGCAUUACAGCCAGGGGAUCAAUUGUCUCUGUCUGSAGUUGAACUCAAGCAACAUUUUACCCAGCCCCCACCUCGCUAUUCUGAGGGAACAUUGGUUAAGAGGAUGGAGGAGCUAGGGAUUGGGAGACCUUCCACAUAUGCAACCACAUUAAAAGUUUUACAGGACAGAAACUAUGUGUCAGUGAAAAGUCGUGUUCUACAUCCAGAGUUUCGUGGGCGUAUGGUGUCGGCAUUUCUUUGUCACCAUUUUUCUGAGGUCACAGAUUAUAGUUUUACUGCUGACAUGGAAACUGAGCUUGAUAACGUCUCUGCUGGUUUAACUGAAUGGAAAGGCCUCCUAAGAGAUUAUUGGACUCGAUUCAGCUCAUAUUGUGAACUUGCUAACAGUGUUCAUAUUCAUCAGGUGGAAAAGAUGUUGGAGAAGAAAUUUGGGGAUUUCUUAUUUUCUUUUCUUCCUGAUAAUUGCAGAACAUGUCCAAGUUGUCUGGAGGGCACUCUGAUUUUCAAAGUUAGUCGGUUUGGUGCGGGCUAUUUCAUAGGUUGUGAUCAACACCCAAAAUGCAAGUACAUUGCAAAAACAUUAUAUGGUGAGGAUGAAGAAGUUACUCCUCAAAAUAACAACAGUGUAGAGGAGCCAAAAUUGCUCGGUCUUCAUCCAGUUUCCAAUGAAAAGAUUCUUUUGAAGAGUGGUCCAUAUGGGUUUUACGUACAACUUGGUGAGGACAGGAAAGGGUACUUGCCCAAAAGAGCCUCUGUAUCUCAGAUAAAGCACGUGGACUCUAUUACUCUCGAGGAUGCCCUUGAACUAUUACGCUACCCGAUUACUUUGGGAAACCAUCCAAAGGAUGGUCAACCAGUGAUAAUAAAGAUAGCAAAAGCUGGAUUCUCAGUUAGACAUCGGCGCACGAUAGCUACUAUUCCGAAGAAUUUGAAGCCGAAUGGUAUAACCUUAGAGAAAGCGUUGGAGCUUCUAUCAAGUAAUGAUGUUAGAAGGUGCGGGCGGCCUAAAAGCAAGCCUAAGGUGGAGGAACCAAGCUGUUGAGGCCUAAGGUUUGGCUUAUUAUUUCUUCAUUUUUGUUACCAAUAUUAAUUAUUAGGAAGGAUUUUUAUACAAAUCAUAACUUUAUUGUAAAUUAAUUUAUUAGCUUUUCUUUAGGUUUGUUUUCCCCCAUUUUAUUUAUUUUAUAUUUGGUCUGUAUCCUAUUCAUGUAAGAAGAUCCAUUCGACCAUACAUCAACUUGAUCCUUGUUAAGUUAUUAAUAAUCUUUCAAUGAUUAUAUAGAAAAGUGAGGAUAA